AUGGCUUCUUGGAAAUGGGCGCUGCUAGCAGCAGCUAUGCCGUAUGCUUUGGCGGAGGAGGAGUCUGCAGCUGAGAAGGAGGCAAGCAUUACCAACAACAAGAUGGUGAAAUACAUUGGCUGGACAUGGGCUGGAAUCAUUGGCAUUGUCUUGAUCUACCGAUGGACCUUGCACCUGCUGCAACAUGUCCGCCAACUCGCCAACCUCAACCAUGGCACCUCUUCCGACGGCAGACAGCGCUACUUCAGCAUCCCCGAUGAGCGAUGGGCUCGAUUCAAGCGCCAUUGGCUGUCGGCGCCAUUGCUCAGGCGCAGACACAACAAAGAGUUCAGGCUCUCUGCUGCGAUCAACGUCGGCACCUUACCUGGCCGUAUGCAGUCGUUUUUCCUGGUUGGCUAUUUCGCCCUGAACAUCACCUUCACCGUCUGGAAGAUCGACUGGAGCAGCUCUGAGUUCUACCAUACCGGUCUGAGCCGUACUGGUAUACUCGCGACUCUCAACAUGGUUCCACUAUUCCUCCUCGCUGGACGUAACAACCCCUUGAUCUGGCUGCUCGGAAUUAGCUUCAACGACUUCAACAUGAUCCACCGCUGGAUUGGACGUAUCUGUGUAUUCGAGGCCGUCGCCCAUGCUGGGUUCUGGUUCGGUGGCAAGGUCUUCACUAACGGUGCAGAGAAGGGCUACAAGAUGAUUGCAGCAGCCAUGGCGAACUCUACCUUCAUUCUCACGGGAACCAUCGGCUUCUGUGCUUUCUGCGCUCUUCUUCUCCAGUCUCCGUCCAUCAUUCGACAUGCCUUCUACGAGACGUUCCUGCACCUUCAUAUUGCGCUUGCGAUCACUGCUGUUGUCGCAGUCUGGAUGCAUCUGGACGGCAUGGCCGCCCAGCUCAUCCUUCUCGGUGCAUUAAUCUGCUGGAUCUUCGAGCGCCUCGUCAGAGUCUACCUGAUCGUGCGAAACAACUUUGGCAGACGCGGCAUGACCAAGGCUCAGAUCGAAGCACUUCCUGGUGAUGCCAUCCGAGUUACUCUGCAUACGGCAAAGAAGUGGAAGUUCAGGCCAGGCCAACACAUCUACCUCUACAUCCCCAGCAUCGGCAUGUGGACCAGCCACCCUUUCUCGCUCGCCUGGAGUGAAGAAAGCCCUGAUCUUGCGAAUGAGAAGUCACUUCCCAUGUCGCGACAGGACAUCUUCUCUGCGAAAACGACGUCGACCUCGCUUAUUAUUCGUCGUCGCACUGGUUUCACAGAUGCGUUGUACAAGAAGGCAGAGGCCGCUGAUAAGGUUGGACUGACCACCAAUGCAUGUGUCGAAGGACCAUAUGGGCAUGAGAGCUUCCAGUCAUAUGGCACCGUCAUGCUCUUUGCAGCCGGAGUUGGCAUCACGCAUCAAGUUCCACAUGUGCGCGACCUCGUUGCAGCAUAUAGCAAUGGUACAUGUGCUACCCGGAAAGUUGUCCUUGUCUGGAUCAUCCAAUCACCUGAGCACUUGGAAUGGAUUCGACCCUGGAUGACUUCUAUCCUCGGAAUGGAGAAGCGUCGUGAGAUCCUCAAGAUCCUACUCUUCGUCACCAAGCCUCGCAGCACAAAGGAGAUCCACUCACCCAGCGCCAGUGUCCAGAUGUUGCCCGGUCGCCCGGAAGUCAGUGCACUCAUCGCCAAAGAGCAGCAGUCUCAAAUCGGAGCAAUGGCCAUCAGCGUCUGCGGUACGGGUGCCCUUAGCGAUGAUGUGAGACGAGCAAUGCGUGAUCGCUGCGAGUACACGGAGAUGGACUUCUUCGAGGAGGCUUUCUCGUGGUAG